AUGGAGGUGAUUAAUGGAUCAUACAAUCUUUUGCCAAACACCCCCUCCAAUUCCUAUUCUCGAAUCUUCCGAAAAACCACCACCUUCCCCAUGACAAAUUUUGACAAUUUUAACUCUAAGAGCUUCAUUGUCAUUAAGAAACCGCCACUUCCAUUUAUAAAGAAGAUCGAGGGGUUUAUAGUUUCAUGGGAUAAUGACUUAGGAGCCCUAGACCAUAGUGAUUAUCGCCAAAACAGAGCUUUGCUUGCACAUCCGACCAAAACCCUCUCCCUUCGCAUUUCGCUCCUCCACACCCCCAGAAACAGACGCAAAAUCACCGGCGGCGAUAACAACCACACACCUUCCCUUCCCUCCCCUUCACUGAAAACUCAAAUCUUCCAUCGACAACCUCGAUUCAUCAUACAUCUUCUGUUUCUACAACUUCAAUUUGAAGGAUUAUCUGGAUGA